AUGUCGACCCCCUCAUUCAGCCGGCCACCAUCAACAAGAUCAGCAGAGAGCGUUCCCCGCGCCAAGGGGAACGGCAAGACCGACGCUGAGCUCGGCGACAAUGUCGUCCACGAUGCAGUCUUUGGCGAGCUGUCGGGCGGUGGUCCGAAUUACCGGAACCUGAGCACAAUGGGUGCCUGGGUCCUCAUCAGUAAGGCCAACAUUGGUCUCGGCGUGCUCUCGCUCCCCUACGUGCUGCACAUUCUCGGCCUGGUGCCGGGUCUCAUCCUGCUUGUCACGAUCGCCGCCAUCAUUGCCUACUGCGCCGCGCAGGUUGGCAGCUUCAAGCUUCGGCACCCCGAGGUCUAUGACCUUGCCGAUGGCGGCCUCGUCGUCGGCGGCCGUCCCCUCAAGGAGAUCCUCUACUUCUUCUUCUACCUGUAUAUGAUCACGAUGGUGUCGAGUGCCAUCGUGUCCGUUUCGACGGCGCUCAACGCUGUUUCCGCCCACGGCGCGUGCACUGCUGUCUUCAUCGCCGUCUCCGCCAUCAUGGGUCUUCUCCUCGGCUCGAUUCGUACACUCGACAAGGUCUCGAUCGUCGGCUGGGCCGGUCUCGUUUCCCUUGCCGCCGCCCUGCUCACCCUCACCAUCGCCGUUGGCCUGCAGGACCGCCCGCCCGAUGCUCCCAAGCUCGGUCCCUGGGACAAGGACCUUCAUGUCGUCGCGCAGCCGACGUUCGCCAAGGCCAUGUCCGCCAUUGCCUCAAUCGUCUUCUCCUUCGGAUCGACUGCGACUUACUGGAACGUUGCGUCCGAGAUGCGCAACCCCCGCAGCUACACCAAGGCCAUGCUCUGGUCUGUCGGCAUCAUCACCGUCGUGUACUGCGUCAUUGGUGGCGUCGUGUACGGCUACUGUGGACGCUAUGUUGCGUCGCCUGCGCUCGGCUCGGCUGGCCCGCUGCUCAAGAAGAUCUGCUACGGUAUCGCCAUCCCCGCCCUCGUCGGUUCGCUCACCAUCUACGGUCACCUGGCGGGCAAGCACAUCUUCAUCCGACUGCUCAAGGGCACGCGCCACCUCGCCUCCAACUCGCGCGUGCACUGGAUGACCUGGCUCGGAUGCAUGUUCGCGGGCACUGUCAUCUCGUACAUCAUCGCCUCGGCCGUGCCCAACUUUGGCUCCAUCAUCUCCCUCGUCGGUGCUUUCGUGUGCCCCACCGUGGCCAUCUGGCCCUACAACCUGAUGUGGUGGCACGACAACUGGCGCUACGCCUCGCCCGAGCGCCGCCGCAACUGGCGUCUCCGUGCCGAGCUCGCGCUCAACAUCUUCCUCUUCGUCCUCGCCUUCUUCCUCACCGCGGGUGGCACGUACGGCGCCAUCAUGGACGUCAUCGAGACGACGUCAGACGCCGGCCCCUGGUCGUGCGACGACAACUCGCACUCGGUAUAG